AUGUCUAUAAUAUGCGUGAAAUAUCACGCAGUGAUUGGCGGCGAGCGCUCGGAUCAUCUUAUUCCCGUGCCGCUCAGCAGUGCGCCUACCGAUCAAGCUAUUCGUGUUGUGAAGGCAUUCCAAGCCGGCUUGGAUAGAAGGGAGCCAAGUCUGACUGGACAAUCAGCAGCUCGCCUUCGAGAGAUAAGCAGGCAGCUCAGGUUACAGGUGGAAAACGAAGGACGAGCUCGUUCUACUUCACGCGGCAAUAUCAAGAGUGACUCCAACAACACGGCACUUUAA